AUGUCUGUCCAUGAGAUGAAAGCCCGGUACGAGCAAGAACGAGAGAAACGGCUGCGCGCCGACGGCAACGCCCAGUUCAUCCAGAUCAACCAGUCGACGCAGUAUGCGCAGUUCGCCGCCGAUCCAUGGGCUGACCCGGUCGACCUCCCAUCCUUGCAGGCGCAGUUCCCCGGGAACCGCUUCGAGAUGCUCAUCAUCGGCGCCGAUGGGGGUCGCCAUCGGCUGCACGCCGGGAUACUUCAACCUCGAGGGCGAUCUGGACCGGGUGCCGGCGGAGAAGAGGAUGCUCCUGGCGCGGUCGGGGCUCUGGGGCUGGGGGAUCGAGCACUGGCUGGCGGGCUGCCGGUGAUAUGA